AUGCUAGGAAUAGAUAUGUUACGCAGUAUUUUAGGAACGCUAGUGAGUCUCUACGACAAAAACCAAUUAUUAUUAGACCUUGACCUGCGAGAAUAUUAUAGUAUUAUUCGCACUGGGUCAUAUUAUUCAGAAAACAGGAUAGUUAUAGUGUUGAGGAUUCCGAUUGUCUCUCCAAUUAUGUAUAAUCUUUAUAAACUUUCAAUUUUGCCGAAUCAUCUGAACCAAGUCCUCAUCCCACCUUAUCCUUAUAUAGCAACCAAUGGUAAUGAUUAUGUGUACAUAGAGGCUGAAUGCCCGAAGUUAAGUGAUCGGUAUCUUUGUAAAGAAGACCUCAAUCACCAUAUCAAAAGUUCACCGGAUUGCGUUGCCGCCCUUAUCACCGUGCAGCAUUUAACCGCCUCCUGUUCCACCGUUACUUUGGUAUUAACAAAGCAAGCAAUGGAAAAGUUGGAUGACGCCCAUUACUCACUCGUGUUUCCUAAUGAAACAAAAGUUAUUCUAUCCUGUGGCAGAAACGAAUAUCUCAACCUGAAGGGAAGCUAUCUUGCAACUCUACCAACAAACUGCUCUCUACACACUGGUGACCUUACCAUUGUUAAUGCUAACAAUGAAAUUAAUGGACAACCAAUGAAGAUUCUACUGACAUCAAUCAACAAUUCUAUUCCAUCACCAUCUUUAAAAGUUCUUCGAAUAUCAUCCAUUGACCUGAAAAGCCUGCAUAAUUUUCAAAAGCAGAUCGAUGCUCAGGAGCCAAUAAUUCCUGAAAAAUCCGUCAUAUACCAUACAUCUAUACCAUUAUAUGUUUUGUUCCUGCUAAUGGCGAUAGUGGCGCUGUUCAUCUACUAUCGUCGUUAUUUAAGAAGAAGGCAACUUCGUGUGGAAGAAGCAGCAGCGAAUACGUCAGCAGCUCAGGAUCCACCCGCAACAUUUUCCCUAAACGUGUUAAAAUAG